CACUUUCACUUACUCGCGCACACACACACACACACACACUCCGAGACACGAUGGCACUCCUCGUCGUGCACACAUCGCUCCUGUCCGCGCUCCUGCUGCACGUCCUCGCCGUGCCACCCAAAGAGGUGUGUCUGCAGCAGCCGGACGAGGGGCCCUGCGGUGACUUCAUCCCGAGGUACUACUACAACACCCUGAGCCAGAAGUGCGAGGAGUUCACUUACAGCGGCUGCCUUGGAAACAGCAACAACUUCAAGACGUUUGAAGAGUGCCAGAAAACGUGCUGGAGGAUUCCCAAAAUUCCCAGAACCUGCAGGCUGGAGAAGGAUGACGGUCCUUGCCGGGCUUUAAUUGAGAGAUACUUUUUCAACAUGACAUCCAUGCAGUGUGAGCUGUUCUUCUAUGGCGGCUGCAAUGGAAACAACAACAGAUUCGAAAACCUCGCCUCCUGUGAGGAGUACUGCAAGCCUCGUAAAAAUGCCCGUGCCAUCUGUAAUGGGCCGCUGGACAAAGGAUCUUGCUCAGCCUCCAUACCGCGGUACUACUUCAACAUGGCGAUGGGAACGUGUGAGGAGUUCAUAUACACAGGCUGUGGUGGGAACAGCAACAAUUUUGAUACAAAACAGACCUGCCUGAACGUGUGCGUUCAAGGGAGAAAAUGGAAAAACAUGCCAGGUCAGAACAAAAUAAGAACAAAAAUGUUUAAAACAAAAAUGUUUAAAAGUGGUUGAUACGGCAACUCCU